CAAGAAAAUAGAUGCAGUCGCUGGCACGGGACUUUGUGGACGACUCGCCGCGGCCGCUGGACAAGGCGCGUACGUCUGUGAGUCAACUCCGCGGCCUCCGGCUCUUCCGCGCGUCCCACGCGAGUCAUUCGCGCAGUGCGUAUGCGAUCCAGGUUCAGAUCGGCGAGAGCGCGCCGGAGUAUCUUCAAGUGGCGCCGUACCUCACCAUCACCAACAUCAAAGUGCUUCUCUACAAGGAGCAUGGGCUUUUGUACGAAGAGCAGACUCUCUUCUUCAACUCGCAGCUGCUUGAAGACCACGACGACUUGGCGCAUCUCGGUAUCGUCGAGGGAAGCCUUCUGUACGUGGUCCAAAAGAAGCGGUACCGGAGCGUUGGCUCUGCAAUCUCGACCGUCAAGUCGGUCGUGAUCUCGACCACCAACAGCGAAGGUUUCGAGCUCAUCGACAUCAUCGCGCCGCUUCCGCCUCUCCGUGUGAUUGUGUAUCGCAUCCUCUUUGCGAUGCAGUACCUUCGCCGGCUCGACGAACUGCAAGCUGAGCACACGGGCCGCGUCAUCUGGAUGCCCCCGCCGCGCCUUCUGCCCAUUCGACCCGACGACGUUUUGCGUGGCGCGGGCCACAAGAAGGACGACGCCGUCACCCUUGGCACGCUGCGAGACAUCAUGCAGAUCGAGCACGACAUGCGCAGUCCGAGCGCGACUCGAACGCUGAAAAAGUGGCUUGCCGGCGUCAAAUAUUUCUACGACUGCAGCCUCCCGGAUGCGUCCUACAAUGACCUUGCGCGGCAUAUUGUGUAUGCGCGGUACACGCCAGGCGACUUUGUCUUUCGAGAGGGCGAUGCCGGCGAAGCGUUCUACAUAGUGCUCAGCGGCACGGUUGGCAUUGCUGCCUCUGGCGAAGGCCUCUUUGCCACCAUGCGACGCGGCAUGAGCUUUGGCGAAAUCGGACUUCUUCGAGGCUCCACGGGCUAUCGGUCGGGCUCGGCCCUCGUCAACUAUGAGUUCAACGGCACAGAGCUCGCGCUUGUGUCCCGCGACGUCUUCUUGCGCAGCAUUUUGUCUUACAAGCAAGCCAUGCUCGCAGAAAACGAGCGCACCUUGGCGUCGCUUCCAGCACUUGCGCGAGCACCCAAAGACACGACGACGCACUUGGCGUACUUGGCCACAGUGACGCAGCUGGAUGUCCACGAUACGCUCUAUCGAAAAGGCGACUACGUGUCGCAUCUCUAUCUGCUUGUCAAAGGCGAAGUCAAGCUGACAGCGACAAGCACGGCGAGUGCGACAACCCCGACCGGCCAGACGAUCGAAGCACCAGUCAAAGUGCUCGUGCUUCGCCGCGCACCAUCCAUCUUGGGCCAUGAGAUCUGCUCGUCUUCCAACGACUUGUGCUCGUCGACAACCAUCGAAGCCCUCUCGUCGUGCAAGCUCCUCGCGAUCAAUAAGAACGCACUGCUUCGCUUUGUCAUGUGCAACGCAGCUAUCCUCGCUGCGAUUCAAGCCGACGCCACGCAUUUACACGAAGAGAUUGCGCGCCGCCUCGAGACAGCUCGAGCGUACACCAAAUCGCAAGUCGAGGAGCCGUUGCCCCCGAGCAUUGAGAUGGAGGCGCUCGAUGCUUUUUUCGACUCGACGCUCUCGACCGUGCGGACGCCUCUGUCGUCCAACGAAGGCGCAGCAGCGUCUUCGCCGGCAGCCGUUGUAUCUCCACGAAAGUUCGCGCCAAAAAGCAGCAAGUCCCGUGUGACGGGGUCGUUUACAACGGCGUUUGCCAAGAUUUGUCGGGAUCAUUGGCACGAAACGCUUCCGCACGGGGACUUGCUCACGUACGAAGAACAGAUGCACUAUACGUCUCGCCCCACCGCGAGCCUGAACGCGGACGAGAAAAAAGUGAAACUCGAAUGCCUCGUGCGAGGGCUCUCGCGCAUCCCACCAAUGGACGUCAAGCUCGUGUCCGUCGUUCCCAACGCAGGCAACGAUCAGUACACGUUUGAAGAUAUUUUGGAAGGCGAUGCCGCCGCGUGACGGCUUCGUGACCAUCAUCGAUCGAGUCAAUAGAAACUACAAGUACAUUUUUCUGGGGA